CGCCCAUCUGUUCUGUAGUAGACCACUGAGACUCAGCCCAUCUUUCAUCAAGGCUUUCUAUCCAUAUGCAAGAGCUUUUGACAUUAUUUCUGUAUCAAGCGGUGCUAUAUGAUGAACUGACACGGUGUUUGAUCGCUCUUUCAGCGUUGCGAGCGCUUACCGACGUUUCAAAAUCUCCUUAGAGCCUUGGCGAGUCUACAGUUGGGAAAGGUCUUUCCAAAGCGCUCAGUACAGGUCCUACACUUCAUCCAACCUGUCACUUGGUCUGCUCUGUAUUAAGGAACGAGCUAAUUAUGCUGUGUCCUUACUUUACAUUUUUAAUACCAGUAUGAUUCUCACACCCGCGCUAGCAAAUGCAGCCAAUUCGCUCCCAUCUUUGACCCAGCUCGAAAAUGUUUCCGGACUGACCGAGUGUACAUUAUAGGGCUAUGAUCAUGACCACGUUUCGUAGCUAGGCGAUCAUCCGCCAGCAGAACUCCGUUUACUCCCAUCUGCGGUUAUCCUACAAUUCCCAUCCCCAGACAAGGUGGCCACUUUUCCUAGGCAUUACCUGUGCUGCUCUGCGGUUUGUGACAUUCUAUUCCGGACCUGUCAUUUCUGUUCACACAAUCGACGGCUUACCAUCGGCGCCCUGUCCCUUUUUCACUAGCUUAUUACCCGCACAAGUUAUUCGCCUGGACACUGCGAUUCCCCUCUAUCUUCCACAGUCAUACCUGGGCUGCACUCCUUCUGCCUCUAUGCCUCCUCCCAAGAAGCCCGACCCACCCCAUAGGAUACAAUUCGCCACGAACAGUCUUCGUAACACUACGCUAGCCGUCGAUAAUGACAAGUUCUACUACGAGAUUGUUACUCGAUUCUGGCAUCCUCAUCUCACCAAAAUUAACAAAUUCGACUACGAGGCCCGUGUGGUGACCUGCGUCGCUGAGAUCGAGGCUCUUCCAAAGAAGGAGGUUAAAGUUCGCUUCAACACUGAUGAGAGUGAAGGGCCUUGGACAAAGGCAUCAGAGUUCAUCAAAUGCGAUGGGUCGAACGUCGGGGGAACGUUUGUUGCUGGUGAUGGUAUUGAGUAUCGAUGGAAAACGCAUAAAAGAUAUCUUCAACUUGUGAAAAGUGACGAUGAGGACAAAGUGCCCAUCGCAGAAUAUCACCCUUAUCGCCGUCACUUUUUCAUAUUCCGUAUGUCGCAAUACGCCUGGCUCGAAGUCAAACCAGAAGCCACUGCUGCACUGGAGAAAAUUAUAGUGAGCUACCUUCUCGUGGAAAGGCGUCGACGGCAGGCAAAGAUUCGAGUGAAACUGGAACACCAGUAAUGUCCCCAGUUCGUCAUUACGUUCCGCAACUAUACCCCACUCUGCAAAUACCUUGUAUUCUUGUCGUGGAAGUCAAGCCGAUUUAGCUAUCUAGACAGAGUUCGGCUCGCCAAGCUAUGUUGGAAUUUUCACAUCAAGGCCAGUGAGGCUGAUCGGUUAUAUGUUUUGUCAAGCUCUAAAAAUUGGCACGCACCUUAUCAUUCUUUUUAUAAUAUCUAUUUCGGCUUCACGUCUCAACGUUCUUUGCUUCUUAUGGUUCUAUCAUGCACAAUCAGUUUUUUUUUAUUACCCGAUCGGUCAUUUUUACUAGUCUCAUACAAUACCAGGUGUUCAUUACUUAGAUCAGAAUGAGUGCGGUGCGACUACUUAGCGGGGCAUGUAUCUUUGUGUGGAUCGCAAGUGGCCCUCACCUAAGUAUCAGAAUUAGGAGGCCCGACUGUGCUGUGAUGUUUUUAUUUAA